GAAAAGAUAUACUUGCAGUCAUGUAUGCAGAUUUCAAACAAACUUUAAAUUUAGUCGAAUGAACCUUGCUGGUUGCAAUCCUGGCAUAAUUUACUUUCUCUCUGAAGUGGACAGGUUGCUUUAUCACAGAGAGGUUAUUUAAUCUAAUUUUUUAAAAUCCGAAGCAUUGACGUCCCUGGAGGGCAAUUAUUGUGAGGCUUUUAUUUUGAAGGUGGCUUCACGAGUUAGCGGCUUCUUACCGUAAUGCAGAGUAUGAACAAAACUAGGAGCGGCUGCCUUGACUUCAGUUGGCUCGAGUCGGUGGGCUGUCGCUUUAAAUAUGUCUGUCGUAAAGGAUCACGGGUAAUACAUCGCCUUUCCCUUCUCGCCAUGUGGAAGGAGGUACCAUCGCGCUUCAGCAAAUUUUCCUGAAUUUGGACCGAAUGUUGUGAAUCCUCGACGCGGGACGCCCCUGAUCACGACUUUAGUGGACUAAAACAUCAUUCGUGCAAUCUUCGUGUCCGGUUGGAGUGGAGCACGUGGAAGCUCCUCGGCCUAGCCUAUCUUAGUUUAUUUUAGCUUAGCUUAUCUUAGUUUAGCUUGCUAACAAAUAAACACGUUGGUGAGCAACACCUCGCUAAGCAGAGAAAAGGCGUGAGAGCGGAAAGUGUUGUGAUCGUCGUGUGAAGAUGGGUGCAAGAAGGACAGCGGAGUACGAGGAGAAACUUCGUGGACCAAAAGAGGAGAAGGAGCCACGACGUCAACUACUGGACGCUUCGUUCAAUCUGCGGCCUCCAACUGUGCUAUGCAGAGCAGAUAACAGUGAACAUCUUCGUCCUGAGUGGCAGGAACCAGAGCCCCCUCACAUCAAAGAAGAAGUGGAGCCCAUUUUGAUAAAAAAAGAGGAGGAAAACUCACGCCCCCACAUCAAACAGGAAGAGGAGGAGGAUAUCACCAAGUUUCCAUCGACUGGUGUUCCUUUGAAGAGUGAAGAUGAAGGUCAAAGUGAGGAGAACAGGGAGAAGGAGUCUCCAAGCAGCAGCUCAACUCAACACAUGACAACAGAAGGUGAUGGAGACCACUGUGGAGGAUCACAAGCAGACGGCCACUUAGCGCCACUAUCAGAUAGUGACGACAUGAUGUCAGACUCUACUCACACUGAUGAAGAUGAUGAUGAUGAACAGUCGGAAGGUGAUAUGACAUGUCACACUGACAAAAAACAAUGGAAAUGUUCUCAGUGUGGGAAAACAUUUGCUUAUGAGAGCAUUUUGAAACACCACAUGAGAACACACACUGGAGAAAAACCUUUUUCCUGCUCAGAUUGUGGUCAAAGGUUCUCUCACAAGGGACACUUGACAAGCCACACAAGAACCCACACUGGUGAGAAACCUUUUUCCUGCUCAGUUUGUGGUCAAAGAUUCUUUGUGAAGGGAAGCUUAAAAAUACACACAAAAAUUCACACUGGUGAGAAAAAUUUUUCCUGCUCAGUUUGUGGUAAAAGAUUCACUCAGAAGGGAUAUUUAAAAGUACACACAAGAACCCACACUGGUGAGAAACCUUUUUCCUGCUCAGUUUGUGGUCAAAGAUUCUCUGUGAAGGAAAGCUUAAAAAUACACACAAGAACCCACACUGGUGAGAAACCUUUUUCCUGCUCCGUUUGUGGUCAAAGAUUCUCUGAAAAGGGAAGCUUAAAAAUACACACAAGAACGCACACUGGUGAGAAACCUUUUGCCUGCUCAGUUUGUGGUCAAAGAUUCUCUGUGAAGGGAAGCUUAGAAAUACACACAAGAACCCACACUGGUGAGAAACCUUUUUCCUGCUCAGUUUGUGGUCAAAGAUUCACUCGGAAGGGAAACUUAAAGAUACACACAAGAACACACACUGGAGAGAAACCUUUUUCCUGCUCCGUUUGUGGUCAAAGAUUCUCUGUGAAGGGAAGCUUAAAAAUACACACAAGAACUCACACUGGUGAGAAACCUUUGUCCUGCUCAGUUUGUGGUCAGAGAUUCCCUCGGAAGGGAAACUUAACACAACACACAAGAACCCACACUGGUGAGAAACCUUUUUGCUGCUCAGUUUGUGGUCAAAGAUUCUCUCAAAAGGGAAACUUAAAAAUGCACACCAGAACGCACACUGGUAAGAAACCUUUUUCCUGCUCCGUUUGUGGUCAAAGAUUCUCUGUGAAGGGAAGUUUAAAAAUACACACAAGAACUCACACUGGUGAGAAACCUUUUUCCUGCUCAGAUUGUGGUCAACGUUUCUCUUAUAAGUAUCAGGCUAAGACACACAAGUGUGCUGGUGAUAACAGCAGUGAUCAAGAAGCUUUUAAUGAAAAUGUAAAUGUUUAUUAUAAAACGUAAUGAAUACUGACUUACAAAAAUCUAGAUUCUUGUAUUCUGUGUACGAGCUUUUAUUGCAUUCUCUUCUUGUUGUCCAUAUAUUUUCGAAAAGCCUCCUGUGGGCAAGUCUUGCCAAUUAGCACUGGUGCCAAAAUCCUUUCAAGGGACUAGUUAAUGGUGAGAACAUUGGCACCUAUUCCAAGGUUCUGGAUUCAAAUGAUGUGUACAGGGAACCCCCCUCUCCAAAAUAGAGUCAGUAGUCAUUUUAUAAUCGUUUACUGAUGAAAAAUUUGAUUUUCAACCAGAUUUUGGCCCGUCCACAUUUUGGACAUCAGCCUGUCACAGCCUGACACAUAACGAGCAGGUGCCGAUUACAAUUGCUUAUUGAACUUCUGUAUUUUGCAGGGUGUCAUUUUUGCCCGUAUUGAAAGUCUGGAUGUAUUUUUUUUGACAAUAAUUAGUGAAAUAUGUUGGAAGGCUUGUUGCUUAAAAAUCAACCGUUGAAAUGCCUCCUUGAGAAAAGAAGACAGCCACGUCAUCCCGCAUGAAGUAAUUCUUGCAGCUUCAUUUCCUCAUACGUCAGCUCCAUUUUGAAUUGAUUGCACCACAAAUGUGUAGUAUGUAUCUGUGUAUAUGUAUGUAUAAAUCACAAAGGCGUUUCCGUAGGCGGCAUUGUGUGACAGACGUGGACUUCGGCUGGCUGUCAUAAUGUCGGAUGACCCAUGACGAGGGUCUCCCGGCCGAACGUGUUACGUCACUUGAUGUCCCGAAACUGCAGCUGAUCUGAUUUGAUCUUAUCUGAUCCAUAAAAUCUCAAAUAUCGGGCUGAUGUAAUAUUUUCAGAGAUUGAAGUUGCCUUGAGUAAAGAUGUCCGUAUAAAUUUUGGUGAUGAUUGUUGAGACUUUUGGGAUAUUAAGCCACAUUUCUUGGGUUCAUGCAUGAGGCUUGCAAGGAUGUAGCACUCGCCCGCCGUGUUCAUUUUAAUGAUGACAUCCUAAUAAAUUUGCGAUUUUUCAGCACAAUUAAUUGGUGAUUGAACAUAAUUUUGGGGUACUAGCUGUUGUUCAUGUGGUGCAAUGAUAUAUGACAGGAAUGUAAGAGAUAUAAUACCAACUUGAACAAAGUGGUGUUUGGAAACUCUAGCAAGCUUUUUUUUUUUUUUUUUCCUCUUUUCUUCUUCCCUGAAAAGUUGUCAUUUUGAAGGUGAGGAGAUUCCACCUGACAGAUAUGAUAUAUAAAAUGCAUACACGAAAAAUACCUAAAAUGAACUUGUUCGUGAAAUAUGGACCAUGAAGACCCAUACUUCCUUUAAGCAAUGCAUGCAUGUUGUCAAAUGUUUUAGUGAUGUCACUAUCAAAUAAGUGAAUGAUUGACAGAAAUAGACUGUAAAGAAACUGACUUUUGGUGGUAAACUGUAAAGUGUAUAUGUGAUCCUUAAUAAACUACACCUCUUAAAAAGUGAGUAUGACUUCUAUAUCAAAUCCAUUUCCCCCAUGAAAAAGAAUUGAAAUGUCUUGAAUAAUUGGAAACCUCCCAGAAACAAAACUGUCGCAACCGAAAGCAAAAAAUGGCCCAAGCGACACGGCCUCAGUGGAAAAAAAACUGCAAAGCUUCCCUGGCUCCCGCCCCGUGACUUCCGUGAGACACUUCUUCAUAAAAGUAACACAAAGUACUCGUAAAAUAAAGUUUCCAUAACUGGUUAGUUAUUUCCGAUUGUCAUGAUACAUUUCCAAGGGCAUAUUUCCCAAUAUGUUUUUUUAUUGAAUUUUUUAUGUUGUUUGACGCUACAACCGUUCCGUUUCUUGGCAGUGAAGAUUUCCAUAUGAGCAAAAUAUUUAG